UGCUCAUGCAAACAAGAUUUUUCAUAUGGAUGAAUAUCACAACAAUGAACCCAGUGAAAGUGAAAGUCCAGGUAAAAAAAAAAAAAGCAAAGAAAACAUGUCUUUAUCUAACAACUUCUAUAGAAGGCGCGAGUAUGACAAACAGACGUAAUGAUACACUAUUAGAAUCUUCUGGUCUCCAAGGAGGAGAUCAAAAACAAAGACGUAAGGAGCAAAAUCGAGCUGCCCAAAGAGCCUUUCGAGAGCGCAAAGAGCGAUAUGUAAAGGAACUCCAACUCAAAAUUCGUGAUAUGGACAAGAAGCACCAUGAAAAUAUGGCUCGCGUAACACAAGAAAAUGAAUCACUCAAGGCGCUUGUCAAGAAAAUGGAAGCUGAAAUAUAUACACUAAAAGGUGCUGCCAUUGCUUUUGAUGUUUCCCUAAGCAAGUUACGUGAAGCUGGUCUUGACGUUCCCUCAUCAAAGCCAAUCAUUAGACGCGAUUCUCCUCCUCCCUCAAUAUUAGAUAGAAAACCUUCUCCUGAUCAAGAUUAUUAUUCCACUAGUUCUGCCUUGACAUCAUCUACUGAACGACGCUCUGUGUAUGACCCAUUGUUUGACUCCCUUCAUCGUUACAGUAGUCCAUCAAAACAUCAAUCCAGUAGCAUUGAUACUACAGAUGAUGAUCAUACCAUUGAAGACGAAGAAGAAGUCAGUUUUGCUGAAAGAGAAACCAAGCGAUUUGACCAUGCUGUAGACCCCAUUGUUCACUCUGGCUUAAAAAUGAUUCCUUACUCUCAAAUCUGGGAACGGCUAUCCCAACAUCCUAAUUUCGAUGAAUUCGAUGUAGAUAAACUAUGUGAAGAACUGAAAAAGAAGGCUAAGUGCUCUGGUUCUGGCCCUGUGAUCCCAGAGUCUGAAUUACAAGAAGUGUUGCGUAGAAUGGAUGCCAAAAGAAUGGCAUGAUUUAAUAUUAAUUAUGUUCAUCUUUUUAUGCUUGUUAAACUAUACCUUUCUCUUUUCUUUUUUCAACUUAUGCACACACACACACACAAAAAUAAAUAUGCUUUCCCUCUCUUUAAUAUUAGCCAAUGAAAUCCUUUGUCUGUUGACAUGCACGCAGCUUGAAAAUGGCAAUCAACUGACUCUUUACAAUUAUAGUCAUAAGCAGAUUUUAAAAA